CCACCUCGCCUUGAGAUGGGACAGUUUUCCAUGAACAUUCCAUACAUUCCUGUCUUUCAUUUUCCCAGAUGGGAUUUCUCUUUAGUGUCUCAUGUAGUUCUUGUUGUUGUUUUUUUUUUCUUUUAUCUUCUGGAGAAGUCAUCAUGGCUUUACGUAACGUUAAGGUGUAAGAUAUUCUUGGGAUGGAGAAUGGUGAGACGUGUUGUGUGUAUUGUCUGUGUUUCCUGGGCUGAGUGCAUACACCACAGGGGGGGUUGGAUUUGUCGAGAAGGCCUCUGCUUUUGUCAGACGUUUGCAUUGCUGCUGGAGCAAGCCCUAGCCUUCUGCAAUUUCCAUCUGUGUGCCCUAUGUGUGUUGUGGAGCUGGAUUUUCAUAAAUGACUCUAUGGACGGGUUCCUUAUUAAAUCUACCCCCAUCACCACCUUCGGCAUCUGCCAAGGUUCCACGGGGAACCGUGUAGCUGUAAUUGGAGACACAUGCAUGUAGGUGGCUUCACUAAAAGGACACAGGAUUGAUAUUCCAGGGCCUCUUGUUUAUGGCUGGCUUUGCACAGACAAGCCCCUGCCUGGAUUUGUCCCCCCCUUCUUCUUCUUCACUGUGAUUGCCUACAGCUGUAUCCGAGCAGGAACCAACAUCAGCCCACAUGAAAUCUCUGUUAGUUUGGCUGGAAGAGGUGACCAGAUGACACCAAAAAUUAAAAAGCAAAUUGCAAAAUAAAUGGCCUGCCAUGCACCUGGUCAUCCUUCAUCCUGGAAGCUGGAGGAGGCCGCUGAUAGAGGCUACUGCUGCCCAUCCGUCAGGAUGCAUUAAAUCCAUCGUUGUGUACGUGAGGACGGCGAUCAAUAAACUACAGAUUGAAUGAAUACAAACGUGUGAUCAUGGGAGAUAUGAAGACCCCGGACUUUGAUGACCUCCUUGCAGCGUUUGACAUUCCUGACAUGGUAGAUCCGAAAGCAGCCAUUGAGUCUGGACAUGAAGAGCAUGAUAAUCAUAUUAAGCAAAACGCCCAAGGAGAUGACGAGGCUCACGUCCCUUCCUCUUCUGAUAUUGGAGUAAGUGUCAUAGUAAAAAACGUGAGGACCAUUGAAUCUUCAGAAGCUUCCGAGAAGGAUUCUCAUCAUUCCACGGGUAAUGGCUUACAUAAUGGCUUCCUUACCAUCUCAAACCUUGAACGUUUUAACAAGGAAGGCCUGAAAUCUCUCAAAGAAAAAGCAAUGGUAUCUGGAAACGUGCAAAAAGACUCCGUGUUCAACCAGUUCAGCCCCAUUUCUAGUGCUGAAGAAUUUGACGACGAUGAAAAAAUUGAAGUGGACGAUCCCCCCGAUCGCAUUGACCUAACCACAGGCUUCGGCUCCAGUAUUUUAGCAGCAUCCAUUUCUCAGCACCCUUAUGAAAGAGAUAAGGUGGUGGAACACUUGAUGAAAUCCAGAAAUGUCGUUGCUAGUAAUGGCAGCAAAAGCAAAGAGUGCCAAAAAGACUUUGAGACGACCGCUCUAAAUGUGUACGAAUUAAAAGGGAAAAAGGAGGAAAAGAUGAAAGAUGGUGCCCAGAGGGUGCUUGAUGGAAAAGUGCAAUCCGAGAAAGGAGAAGUCAAUGGAGAAUGUCUAUCACAGCUGAAGUUAAAGUCUUCUGCAAAGCUUUCUUCAUGCAUUGCUGCAAUUGCUGCUCUAAGUGCUAAGAAGGUAGUCUAUGAUCCCAAGGAUGUGCAGUCCAAUACAGAAGAGUCUUCUCAGGUGCCAAAAGAAGUUAGCGACAGUCCAUCCACAAAUGUCAAGAGUCCUGAUGUUCAGUUGACUGUGCAAAACCUCAUUGAUGGAGCAAAGAAGACCCCUGUGAAACCAAAUGAUAGCCCGAGGAGUGUCUCAAGUGAGAAUAGCAGCAAAGGUUCACCCUCCUCUGGUGGUUCAACUCCGGCUAUUCCAAAAGUAAGAAUAAAGACCAUCAAGACGUCUUCUGGUGAAAUCAAGAGGACUGUUACCAGGGUGCUGCCGGACUUUGAGGCAGAAGGGACCAAGCAGCCUUCUGAGCAGUCACCUUCUAUGGUAACUUCACCAGUUUUGUCAUCCCCUACAUCAGCUGUGGCCAUGCUUUCUUCUCCUUCUAGGGCCUCUGUGCAAACAAGUCCUGCCACCAACCCUGUUGCUUCUACAGAUACUCCUCCAAAACAGGUCACGAUCAAACCUGUGGCCACAGCCUUCCUGCCGGUAUCUGCGGUGAAAACGGCAGGCUCGCAGGUAAUAAACUUAAAGUUUGGCAACAAUACUACCGUAAAAGCGACAGUAAUAUCUGCAGCAUCGGUCCAAAGUGCUAGCAACGCUAUCAUCAAGGCUGCCAAUGCCAUACAACAGCAGACGGUGGUGGUUCCAGCUUCGAGUCUUGCCAACGCGAAACUCGUGCCAAAGACGGUACAUUUUGCCAACCUCAACCUGUUGCCUCAAGGUUCCCAAGCUACUACAGAGCUUCGCCAAGUGUUGACUAAGCCCCAACAGCAAAUCAAGCAGACCCUUGUACCCACCACAGUGGUGGCGCCAACCAAAAAGGUGUCCAGAGUUCAGGUGGUAGCUUCCUCACAAAGUUCUGUGGUGGAAGCCUUUAAUAAAGUAUUGAGCAGUGUUAAUCCGAUUCCUGUAUACAUUCCCAAUCUCAGUCCACCGACCAAUGCAGGAAUUAGCUUGCCAGCCCGGGGAUAUAAGUGUUUAGAGUGUGGAGAUGCCUUUGCCCUCGAAAAGAGUCUCCUGCAACAUUACGACCGCCGGAGUGUACGCAUAGAAGUCACCUGCAACCAUUGCACAAAAAGUUUAGUUUUUUAUAAUAAAUGCAGCCUUCUGUCGCACGCGCGUGGACAUAAAGAAAAAGGGGUUGUCAUGCAAUGCUCGCACCUUAUCCUAAAGCCGGUCCCGGUUGACCAGAUGAUUGCUUCAUCUCCGAACAGUGUCCCUGCUUCGUCAAUGCCGACCCCUCAACAAACCCGUGCGGCAGUGGUGGCACAUACAGUAUCCAAGGUGCAACCUGGUGCUUCCAGCCCUGUGAUAUCUGCCCCUGCCAGUGCCCCAGUCACGCCCGCUAUGCCUUUAGAUGAAGAUCCGUCUAAGUUGUGCCGGCAUAGUCUGAAGUGUUUGGAAUGCAAUGAAGUGUUUUCUGAUGAAACUUCCUUGGCGACACACUAUCAGCAAGUGGUGGACGCAAGUGGACAAAAGACGUGUAGCGUCUGUAUGAUGCUGCUACCCAACCAGUGCAGUUUCUCAUGUCAUCAGCGCGUCCAUCAACACAAGUCUCCCUUCACCUGCCCAGAGUGUGGCGCCAUCUGCAGGUCAGCACAUUUCCAGACUCACAUCACCAAGAACUGCCUGCACUACACCCGCAGGGUUGGCUUCCGAUGUAUUCACUGCAAUGUGGUGUAUUCAGAGAUCGCUGCCCUGAAGUGCCACAUACAAGGCUCCCACUGUGAAGUGUUCUACAAGUGUCCUAUCUGUCCGAUGGCAUUUAAAUCCGCUCCCAGCACCCACUCUCACGCGUACACCCAGCACCCAGGGGUGAAGAUAGGGGAACCCAAAAUUAUCUACAAAUGCUCCAUGUGUGACACAGUUUUUACCAUGCAGCCGCUGCUAUAUCGUCACUUUGACCAGCAUCUCGAGCACCAGAAAGUUUCCGUAUUUAAGUGUCCGGACUGUUCCCUCCUGUAUGCGCAGAAGCAGCUUAUGUUGGAUCACAUCAAGUCUAUGCAUGGAACAUUGAAAAGUGUGGAGGGUCCUCCAAAAGUGGGUGCCACGUUACCUCUGAGCACUAAGCCCACCACCCAGAACUCCAACAGCCCCAUCAAAGAGGAAGCCAAGCCUGUAAAUGGAGCCGAGAAACCGGAAAAGAAAACCGUCAUCCCGGAAAAGAAGACCACUCAAAUUGUCAAGAAAAAUGCAAAACCGGGCUGGACCUGCUGGGACUGUGAGGAGCUCUUCAAUCAGAGGGACGUCUAUAUAUCGCACAUGAGGAAGGACCAUGGGAAGCACAUGAAGAAACACCCAUGUCGGCAGUGUGACAAGUCCUUUAGUUCAUCCCACAGUCUAUGUCGACACAACCGCAUCAAACACAAAGGCAUCCGCAAAGUUUACACCUGCCCGAAAUGUCCUGAUACCAAGCGGGUUUUCACUAAACGUCUAAUGCUAGAAAAACACAUCCAGCUCCUGCAUGGCAUCAAAGAACCUGAAGUGAAAACUGAAGUUGAAGACACAACUGUGGAGAUGUCAGAAGUCAAAGAAGACCCACAGGAGCCCACGCCAAAACGGAAGUUAGAAGAACCAGUUCUAGAGUUCCGAUCACCAAGAGGGGCCAUUACCCAACCACUGAAGAAACUCAAGAUCAAUGUCUUCAAGGUCCACAAGUGCGCGGUCUGUGGCUUCACGACCGAAAAUCUCCUCCAGUUCCAUGAACACAUCCCCCAACAUAAGUCCGAUGGUUCCUCUUACCAGUGCCAAGAAUGUGGCCUUUGCUACACCUCUCAUGUCUCGCUUUCUAGACACCUCUUCAUCGUUCAUAAGCUCAAGGAACCUCAAACCUCCACCAAGCAGAAUGGUUCUGGAGAGGACAAUCAACAGGAGAACAAACCAAGUGUUGGGAAUGAGGCAUCAGAUAAUGUAUUCUCGGACAAAACAUGUAAAGUUUGCUCUAAGACCUUCGAAACCGAAGCCACUUUAAACACCCACAUGAGGACUCAUGGGAUGGCUUUCAUCAAGUCUAAAAGGAUGACCUCCACUGAGAAGUGAGGGGACCACCACAAGAGCCAUGGUGAACUCUCGAUGGUCCAGGCUAGAUGUUCUUAGUGUUUUACUCUGGAAAAACUAAAAAAUUAAGGACCGAAUGAAAGGAAAAUAAUUUUUGUGGCAAUAUCUAGUUGUAUCUUACCGGCCUUUAUGAUACCUUCACACUACUAAAGCAGUAUUCCUGUAAAGCAGAUGUAAAUAUUUAAAAAAUUUUGAUACUCUGUGACUGUAUCGAUGUAGAUUUUUUUUUAAUAUAUGUGAUAUCUCCUAGAUGAGAAGGAUAUUUAACCCCUGCCAGUCUGCUUUCCGUGAUAGAUGAAUAUUGGCAGUACAACGGUAGUACAGGUAUGUGCUACUUAGGCUAUUUCUGAAUGCUUCAGAAAGAAUAUAGAACGGACAUAGUUAUAUCAAUAUAUACAGUAUAUACUAGGGCUAGAGAUACAGGGGAAAGUAUAUGGAUUAUCAGAUCAUAAAAAGGCAUUGCUGUACCCAUGCAGGGAGAUAAAGCUGUCAUUUUUCAAGUGUGAUUUUUUACCAGUAUUAAUAAUUCACCCGUCAUACGGUUCUAAUAAUGUGCUGCUCUUUGCUGCCCCAGGGGUCACUUUGCUUUAUUUUAAUUUUAUUUAAAAUUUCAGAUAAUAUAAUUUUGCUAGCAACCAUGCAUUUUAGAGGGGUACUCUGCCCCUAGAUAUCUUAUCUCCAAUCCAAAGGAUAGGGGAUAAGAUGUCUGAUCAUGGGGGUCCCGCCAUUUAGAAUGCCGGCUGUGGUGCCGGAGGCUCGUGACAUCACGGCCGCGCC